AUGUCCAAGAAGUCAACAAGAAUUAAAGCAGGUUUAAUAUCAAACAGAACAGCAAAACUUGCUGCAAACCUUCAUAUUGAUGAAAUAGCAAGAAGUGGUGAAGAUUGGACUGAUGAUGCAAUAAAAAUUGAAGGUACACGAAGAGUAUUAAAUGUUUGUGAAAAAAAUCCAAUUGAUGAACAUCCAUUAAAUUAUGAUGAAUAUUACCCAUUUAACAAUUGUGCAGCAUCCAAUGUACCACAUUUAUCGGUAUGAAAUUUAAAAAUGAAACCGAAUUUAAUUUAAAGUAAUCUUUAUUUCUUGUUUAGUGAAAAUUCAUUAUACGAUGCAGUCCAUUUACCGGAAUUUAAAGGACAAUUAUGUCGUGUUACGAAAGCAACUGAAAUUGGAAUUCUAAUUCUAUUAUCAUUAUUAACUUUUGAUACAUAUGUUUAUCAUUUUGAAAAAGUAACUUAUCAUUAGAACAUUUUUCUUUUAUUUCAAGAUAAAGAAAUCCGUUUCUAAAACGAGAAUUUAGAAUCAAUACAUGUGUUUGAAAUAAGUUUACUUCAGUAGACAUUGAAAUUCUAUGAUAAUAUACAAGAAUAAAUAAUCUCGAUUUAUAAAGCGACAUCAAUGCAACUGAGUAC